AUGAAUGCGCCCCGCAAAGUUGACAGCCCAACACGGGGAGCGCCUUCUGACGUUACAGAACGGCUCCCACCCGCUCUCUCCCUUUCCCGCCGUCGACCAAUCAAACCGCGCCACCAUAACCCCGCCUCCGCGACAGCAACGCCCUAUGGCAGCUAUGCGCCCUUUCCUCUCUGUAAAUUUUCAAACAAGGACACGGGACUCAGAGCGGAAGUUACUCCCUACGCCUCCCCCGCCCCGCCCUUCCCGUCUUUCUCGCGGAAGCCGUCGCGCUCCAAUCAAAGCCCACCAACCACCUUGACACAAGCGGUGGCAAAUCAUAGACGCGCAGCUUGA